AUGGAGCCGGAGGAGCCGGAGGAGCCGGCGUGGGCACGGCGCGGGGGGGCUCGGCUGGGCGGGGGGGGGCUGCUGGAGCUGGCGGUGGCCAGCGGGGUGGCCGCCUGGGCUACCUGGGCCGUCCUGCUGAUGCCCGGCUUCCGACGGGUCCCCCUGCGGCUCCAGGUGCCCUACCAGCCCUCCAGCCCCCAGCAAGUGGCCAACGUCCUGGCGCUGCUGCGGGGACGUUCGGGGAAGACGGUGGACCUGGGAUCUGGAGAUGGACGGCUUGUGGUAGAGGCUUAUAAGCAAGGUCUGAGACCAGCCGUUGGCUAUGAGCUCAACCCCUGGCUGCUGUGUCUCUCCAACUACCGGGCCUGGAAGGCUGGGUACCACGGGAAGGUUUCCUUCCUGAAGAAAGAUCUGUGGAAGGUGAAUCUUUCCGAUUGCUACAAUGUGAUCGUGUUCCUGGCCCCCAGCGUGAAACCUCCCCUAGCCACCAAGCUCCUUGCAGAACUCCCCGACGAAGCCCGGGUGGUGGCCGGACGCUUCCCCUUCCCCUCCUGGACCCCCAGCAGCACCCUUGGGCAGGGGCUGGAGCAAGUCUGGGCCUAUGAUAUGAAGGAGGUGCGACGAGUGGCGCAGAGCAGCGCAGAGAGAGGCCCGGUCUAACGACGGCCUCAUUAAGCUUGGCAUUAAGGGUUAGCAGCAGUAGGGGUUGGAGCUUCUCCAGCCCUUGGGCUCAGCUCAGGACAACAGUGAGAGGGAUGCUUGGCCAGGCUUUUUCUCAGGGAGAUGCAGGGUGGUGGUCCCUCCAAAGAGUGGGCAGCUUGGGGGAAGCAAGGGAGGGGGGAGAAAAAAAAUAAAAAUCAGACCUAGAAAUCCUGGAAUUAUCAGAGAAUUUAAGGGCUAAAUCUCCAGUGCCUCUUUCUGUACAUUUGUUACUUUAUUUCUAGUUAAUUUUUCAAAAUAAACAUUUGGACUGUU